AUGGCCGAAGUCUUGGGUCUAGUAACCGCCAUCGGCGCCAUUCUUACAUCCGGCUUUCAAGUUACGACCGCAAUUUCAACCAUUGUGGAUGAUCUUGGGACAGCGGGGGUGCAAGUUCAAGCGAUCGCAGUUGAGACGGAAACGAUUCUAUUGACACUCCACUCGAUCAAUCAGCAUCUUAUCAGAGCUAAUCGCGUCACAACCGAGGUCGCAAAUAUCGUCGAAGAUGUUAUCACGCUAUGCAGAAAAGAUAUUGAUGACAUCAAAGAGUGCAUGGCGCCGUUACUUGGGAAGCGUGCCGAGGAGAUGCUGCUGAAGCACAAACUGCGCUGGCUGUUUGCCAAGUCCAAAAUCUCAACGAGGCGGGCUUCGCUGAACUCGCUAAAACUGACGUUGGGGCUUUUCCUGCAGGCCCUUAACCUCACGGAACAAGAUCACAUGGAGGACUAUAUGCAGGCUGUAGUCCGACAACAGAUUUCGCAGUCUCAAAACGUCAAGAAGGCGUUCAUGGAAGCUGAGAGAAGAGAUCAAGUCCUUGAAAAAACGUACGAACCACCUCAAAGCAUCUCAUCGAUGAAAAUGAUUGAUCAAUCUGGCCUUGAGGCCGAAAAGCUGCCGCAGACCACUCACAGCACUAUGGAGGAUAUUGAGGAGAUGGACCGCGACAAAUCAGUUAACGGGACUAUGGUGAAAGUUCUACAUCAUCAAUCUGAAGACGUUGGCUCGGACGGAGAGGGCUCUGACCUUCUGGCUAGUGAUGCGUCACGACUAGGUCAGACAAAUUCGACCAUUGAACUUAUCGACGACAUGUCUGAUGAACAAUUUAUGGUUAUCGCUGAUCAUAUGCGCCUACAAAAGACCGUUUCGAGCUUUGCUAUGGUUGUCAUUAACCAGAAACAAGAGAAGAGACCUGAAAAUGUCGCGGGAGAUACCCCCAGUGUGGUACUUUCAGAGGAGGUCAACUCUGCAACAGCGAGUGGCGCCUCUCAACAGAGAGGAAGUUGGGCAGGACCUACGCCAGAAGACACAGGAAAAACAGAUAGACAGCACGCCUCAACAACUUCUCCGCCAGACAGCUAUCCUGGAGCACGAGCGACGUUUGACUCAAGCAACAAUGCUCAGCAGACACCUGGAGCGCCUCAUGAUCGGCCCCCGCCACAGUCUGCGAGUAAUUACUGGGAGCCCAGAUAUUCAGGAUAUCCGGCCACAGGAUACAUGCCUCCACAACCGAGUCCUCCCAAUCACGGUGGCUUGAACAAUCCAGGGUUUGGAUUCUACCCUCACUCCCCGAGAUCGACCUCGUCUCCAUACGAUUUCCCAUUUCCCAUGCAUAACACGGAAACGAUGAGAUUGCAGGAGGAAUUAGCACUUUUACGCGUUACACUAGCAAAGCGAGAAGAAGAUGACAGAAUAAAAGGAGAGAAAGAAAAUAGGAGGGAACUAGAGCAGAAACUGAGAAAAGACGCCGAAGAAGCUACCAGAAGACAUCUGGAAGCUGUUAUCAAGGCUCAGGAAGAGCAAAGAGUCGCUGAAGAGAGAGCAAGAUCUGAAAGUAAGAAGGCUGCCAUUGAGGCGGUAGAGGCAGAGAGAAAAGCAGAAGAACAAAGGCAGAAGCUCCAUCAAGAGGCAAUGGCUCGCGCUGAGAGGGAGGCCCGAGAAAAGUAUGAGGAAGAACUAAAGGCUCACGCAGAGGCAAAGAUGGCCAAACAAAAGUAUGAGGAAGAAAUAAUAAAGGCUGCAGCAGAGGCAAAGAGACAAAGCGGCUUUUUUCGACUCUUUAGCCGAAAACAAGUCGACCAAGGGAAGCGGUAG